AUGUCAAACGACCCCGAGGUCGAGCAUAAGGCGGCUGUUAGCCAGGUUCGCAAUGCCCCUCACGAAAGUUCACAUGGAUCGGAGAAAGACGCAGAAUAUCUUAGCAACACCCCAGAUGGCGACAACACGGUUGACACCAACUUCCAGGCUGGUGUUCAAGACAUCGAAGCCGUGACGCUCUCCUGGACCACCGGAGCGCUGGUGACUGCCUAUAUCCUCAUAUGGCUGGUCUACUUCAUCCAGGGCUUGGUAGGCCAAAUCAGCAGCGCCUUGAUACCCUACGUUACCUCUUCUUUCGCCCUUCACUCCCUCACCCCUACCACCAGCGUCCUCAGCUCUGUCAUCGGAGGUGUGACGAAUCUCAGCAUAGCCAAGGUUCUGGACGUUUUCGGCCGCCCACAAGGAUUCCUUCUCUGCUCCAUACUCGCCACUGUCGGGCUUGUUAUGUCGGCUGCUUGCAACAACGUUGAGGCAUACGCUGCGUCGCAGAUCUUCUAUACCGUCGGCAUCAAUGGUGUUGGAUACAGUCUGAGCGUGUUCGUCGCAGACACGUCAUCAUUGCGCCACCGAGGUCUUAUCCAAGCUCUGGCUGCUUCGUCCUCUUUGAUCACCGCCUGGCUUGGCGGACCGAUCUCUACGGCAUUUCUCAACGGAGCAGGCUGGCGUUGGGCCUUUGGCAUGGAAAGCAUCCUCGUCCCGGCGGUCACCCUUCCUCUUUUCGGCCUUUUCACUUACCACUACUUCAAGGCGAAGAAGCAAGGUCUGGUACCCCAACGGUCGAGUGGACGCACAUUUUGGGAGUCGUUCAAGUACUACAUGCGCGAGUUCGACGCUGUUGGUCUCUUCACGCUAUCUACUGGAUUCGCAUUCUUCCUUCUGCCGUUCAACCUCUACACUCUGCAAGCCAAGGGAUGGGACUCGCCCAUGAUCAUUUGCUUUCUCGUCUUCGGUAUCAUCUUACUGAUCCUUUUCGGAAUCUGGGAGCGAUUCUUUGCUGAGAUUUGCUUCAUCCCCUGGAACCUUCUUCUGGAUCGCACUGUCGCUGGAGCGUGUCUCCUGUCCUUUGCUCUCUUCUUCAGCUAUAUGUGCUGGAGUUUGUACUUCACCUCCAUCCUGCAAGUCGUCAACAACCUCAGCGUUACGCAUGCCAGCUACAUCAUGUCGACCUAUAGCGUUGGUGGCUACAUCUUGGCUAUCCUUGUCGGUGGCUUCAUAUCCUAUACUGGACGGUUCAAACCAGUCACUCUCUUCUUCUCACUCCCUAUGGUAGUACUCGGAACCGCACUGCUCAUCCACUUCAAUCAGCCCACGGAAAAGAUCGGUUAUAUCGUCAUGUGCCAGAUCUUCGCCGCGUUUGGUGGUGGCGUCAUGACAAUCACGGCCGAGAUUGCCAUCCUGGCCGCAGUCAAGGAGCAGCAAUACUUCGCUGUCGCCAUCGCUCUGGUUUCCAUGUGUGGAGGUGUUGGUGGAGCCAUUGGACUAACGGUGUCCUCUGCAAUUUGGCAAGACGUGGUCCCCAAGAAGCUCAUGGAGUACCUUCCGGCGGAAGAACUUCCAAAUUUCUUGAUGAUCUACGCGGAUAUCACGACGCAGCUGUCGUACCCAGUUGGAUCACCCACUCGAUUGGCGGUACAGAGGGCUUACGGAGAUGCACAAAGAUAUCUGUUCAUCGCAGGUACUGCUGCAUGGAUCAUCGGCAUAGCUGGCGUGCUCAUGUGGCGAAACAUCGACGUUAUUGGCAUGAAGCAGACAAAGGGCCGUGUAUUCUAA